GAUCCUUGAAGUUGGAACGCUCCAUUUGAGGCUGGAUCCGUCCAUUUUUGGGACCCAUGAAGCUGGAGCGGUCCACUUGAGGCUAGAUCCGUCUAUUUGAGGGAUCCAUGAAGCUGGAGCGGUCCCCUUGAGGCUAAAUCCGUCCAUUUAAGGGACCCACGAAGUUGGAGUGGUCCACUUGAGGCUACAUCCGUCGAUGGCUCACUUAAGAGGACCGCCGCUGGAGUGGCUAUGGGAAGGACCGCCGGAGAGGUCCGCGAAAGAGGACCGCCGGAGAGGACCGCAAAGAGGACCGCCGGAGAGGACUGCCAGAGAGGACCACUGCUGGUGGACCAACGGAAGGAGUGGCUCGGAAAUGAGGACCGCCCGAAAUGAAGACCGCUGGAAAGGAGGACCGCCGCCGAAAAUGAGGACCGCUGAAAAGGAGGCUCACCACUGCCGUCGACGGCUUGCCACUGCCGUCUGCAGCUCCCCACUACCGUUUGCGGCUCGCCGGAGAGGAUUGCUGCUGGUGUGGCUCGUCAUAGAGAACCGGGAGUUGCUCGCCAGAGAGGACCGCGGGGGAGGUCCGCCGAAGAGGACUGCUGGAGAGGAGGACCGCUGCAACGGAGGCUCGCCACUGCCGUCCGCAGCUCCCCACUGCCGUUUGUGGCUUGCCGGAGAGGACCGCUGCUGGUGUGGCUCGCCAGAGGAAGAAAAAGCUCGUCUGAGGCGUGCCACCGCCGUCCAUGGCUCGCCGGAGGAAGAGGGAGCUCGUCGGGGGCUUGCCACCGUCGUCCAUGGCUCGCCGGAGGAAGAGGGAGCUCGUCGGGGGCCCACCGCUUCCGUCGCUGGUGGAAGAUACUGCCGGUGGUCCGAAUUUUGGCUAGCUGUUCGCCGGAAAGGAUCUCCCUCUCUUCCUUACAGUCACAUGUCUAAAAAUCGCGCCUCUCCUUCGAAGGAUCUGGGCGGCGACCAAGCUGAGAAGAUUCCGUGACCAAGUGCAAAAGACUAGUCUCCCUUUGAGCAGAGAUGUCGCCUCAGUCCACGAGUCUUUUUCCUUUUCUCACUUUUAAAUCCCUCCACUCUCCUUUUUUUGUUCCCCAUCCUCUAUUUAAUUUUUUUACCUUCUUUCUCACUUUUUUUCUCAAUUAUGGAUUUGGAGCACAAAAGCUUUCUAUGACCGGUCCCAUGGAUGGCGCCAGUGAUGGAAACCGUUUUUUUGGGGCGUCGACCCGACGAAAUCGAUACAGGGUCGGCACCUCACCGAAUAACGAAAUUCGGAAAUUAAAUAAAUAAAUAAAGCGGAGAGAAAGUA